CCCGCCCCUCCCCCUCUCUCUCCCAGCCUCCCGGUCGACCGGCCACAUUCCCCGCUGCCUUUCACCCCUAAACCCCUAAAGCCUUUCUAACGGCGCAGCAGCCCGGAGCAGAGCCCGGAGAACAUGGCGUCAGGUGUGACCGUGAACGAUGAGGUCAUCAAGGUGUUCAACGACAUGAAGGUGAGGAAGUCGUCGACCUCGGACGAGGUGAAGAAGAGGAAGAAGGCGGUGCUGUUCUGCCUGAGCGACGACAAGAAGAAGAUCAUCGUGGAGGAGGGGAAGCAGAUCCUGGUGGGCGACAUCGGAGAGACGGUGGACGACCCGUACGCCUGCUUCGUCAAGCUCCUCCCCCUCAACGACUGCAGAUACGGCCUGUACGACGCCACCUACGAGACCAAGGAGUCCAAGAAGGAGGACCUGGUCUUCAUCUUCUGGGCACCAGAGGGCGCUCCGCUGAAAAGCAAGAUGAUCUACGCUAGCUCUAAAGAUGCCAUCAAAAAGAAGUUCACAGGUAUCAAACACGAGUGGCAGGUGAACGGGCUGGAUGACAUUCAGGACCGCACCACGCUGGCCGACAAGCUGGGGGGCAACGUGGUGGUUUCCCUGGAGGGCAAGCCGCUGUGAGGGGCGCCGCCCCCCCGACCGCCGUGCCAUCGGACCGAACCGCCGCUUCCACCCAGCAGCUUGCUCUGUCUUUAUCAAUGUCCUCAAGGAGUAGCUCCUUAGGCCUAUUAUUAUUUUUGUUUUGUUUUGUUUUUUGUUUUCUUUGCUUUUUUUUCAACAUGAAGGAGAUCUCAUUAACACGAAACGCAAAAAAAAAAAAACCCAACAGAAGCUCCCAGUUUAUUGCCACAUGACUUCUUGUUAACCUGGUAGAGCAACACACCAAAACCCCACAGCAGCAACAGUUGGCAGGAAGGUUGUCUCUCUCUCAGCCCGAGUUUUGCCAAAAGUCGAUGUGAAGGAAGCGGCCGCAUGCGGCGGGGGCGAGCGAGACGAGACUCCGCCUCCCGCAGCACACGGGCUCGCACCCUCCGCUUUUUCAUAUGACUCUAUUUAUUAUUUGAAACUGUUGUAUCUUAUCCAGUAUGUUAUGCAGAAACAGAAGAACACAUUGUUAGACUAUGCAUUAUGACGAAGGUGAAGAUGAAGAUGAUUAUUAUCACCCAGCACUUUGUUUGUACACUACACGAGGACACAGGCUCCUCCCCUAAGUUUCUGUGUUGAUGUCACCUGGCUAGCUGUUACCUCAGUUUCAUUCCUGUUGAUGCACACGGACGCACACACCUGCUUCUGAUUGGUUGUCGCCUUACUGUCACUCUGAAUGUAAAGUCCCAGCAGUGAGUUUUGUACAGAGCAUCUCUCUCUCACACACACACACACACACACACACACACACACACACACACAGCAGGAGCAUCUGGAGCCUUAAGGAACUAACCAACUGUUUCUGAGAUCACAGGAAGCCACUCUGCAAUAAAAGCCUGUGGCAGAUCUGA